UUCAGGUUAGGUGAGCCGAGGGUGGCGGAUCAACUGAUUACCUUUUUUUAACAUCCUCCUCACCUCCCCUCCUAAACGCAUCGCCUUCUCUCAAUAACUCAAUUCUUUUUGGCUUUUUUUGGUUCUUUUCUGUUCGUCUUCUAACCCAAUUCCGCUACUCCCAAUGCCGAGGCUGUAGCUUUGCCAACUCUGGAAUUCUCGUCGGAGAACCUCCGCAUAUUUGUCUCCUCUCUCUCUCUUUGUGGGGUUCUUGGAUUCUAUUGCGGUUGGGGUCGAGGUACUGGUGCCAUUGUCUGGAUCGGAUCAAAGGUCUUGAUCUUUCGGCUUGACGGUAAGCGCCGUGGGCGAUCCUCUUCAGUUGAUGAAGGGUUUGAGAAAAAGCGUUUGGUUUUCUGGGGAUUGGCGGGCUAUCGUACCCAGAGGAUGAGAUGGUUGUUUUAUCUUUGGAAGGAAGAUAGGUUUUGUCAAGUCUUGGAGGUGUACUCUGUCUGUCUCGUGCUGAUUACAAUGAGGGAUGGAGAUUCCGGUUAUGGAAUCUCCGAAAGUGACCUGAAUCGUUGGUGAAAAAGCUUUCCUUUUUUUUUUUUUGUUAAUUGGGAGGUUGACACAAUGGUUGUUAUGGAUACAAAGAGUUCAAGAGAAAGAGAUGUUCUGAUCGACCUGGAAAGCGGCACAAAAUCUGUAAUAAAUGGACAGGAAGCAUCCAGAGAUGUUGGCUCGAGCGUCGGACAGGCUAAAAAAGUGCUGAAUAGAGUAUGGAGCGGUUUUGUUAGCGUUGAUGGAUCUAUUAAGGGCGAGGAAUCCGUGCAUUCGGGAAAUAAUAAAGCCGAAGGUCCUCUUGCUAAUGGAGGAACUUUUGCGGACAAGAGGUUUGGAGGUGAGAAAAAGGUGGGUCUUUUGGGGAAGAAGACAGGAGCAGAGAAGCCUAAGAAGAAGAACUGUAAAAAGCCCCCAAAACCACCCCGGCCUCCUAACUUGCCAGCGUUAGACGCGGCUGAUAGGAAGCUGAUCAGUGAGAUAUCUGAGCUUGCUACGUUGAGAAAGGCAAGGAUUGAACAGAUGAAAGGAUUGAAGAAGAUGAAGAAUGCCAAAUCAACAUCUUCCAGCAUCAACUCGGGUGCCUUGAUUAUCACUAUUCUCUUCUGCCUCGUGAUAAUUUGGCAAGCCCCGGGGCUAUUCUUAUCAGGACUUUUUUCAAGAGGCAGUUCUACUUUGAGUGUUCUUGGCUCACCUGAAUCUUCAGUAGGAACGAGGACCGGAUUAAUCUCAGUUCAGUUUUACAGUAAUGGUUCAGCAAUUGGCCCGCAUAAUUCUAGUUCAGCAUCUCCGAACAAUGCAGAACCAGUAUCGGGGGUGGACGAUCAUGUGAAAACAAUCAGAGGGGCAGGUUGAGCAGCAUCUUAAAUCCUCUAGAAGCGAUGCUAAAAGAAUGUGUUUCCAGCAUUAUCAUCCCAUUGCAGGGAUCAGUGAUUGUAACAUAUUUCCACAUAAUCCUAUGUACAUAUGAAGACUGUGCCUUUGAGACAUUGCAUAUACGCGACAGUAAGCUUUUUGCUAAGAAUUUACUGAUCUUUCUCGGCCU